CAAAGAAAUCAGCUUGUACACAGAAUAGCAUACAAUAAAAGAAGGAGAGUUAGCUAACAUCAACCGGAGACUAUAGUUACGUCACUGUCUGGAAAAGCAAUAGUUUAGUCAUUGCAAUCUACGACGUGCUUAGGAGAGCCAAAAUGCCGGUGAAGAUCAAUUGGCCCCUGCUGACGGCGACGGUUUGUCCUAACAUCGGUGGCUUCGUAGGCGGCUACAUCACUAAAAAGAAUAUGAGCUGGUACGAGUCGCUGAAAAAGUCGAAAAUUAUCCCGCCGAAUUGGGUAUAUGCGCCUGUGUGGACCACUCUCUACUGUACAAUGGGCUACUCGUCGUAUCUCGUAUGGCGUGACGGGGGUGGUUUCGAGGGAGCGGCCGUACCGCUCAGUGUCUAUGGCCUUAAUCUCGCCCUCAACUGGACGUGGACGCCGCUAUUCUUCGGGACUCACAACAUAAAAUGGGCUCUCUACGAAAUUGCGACGAUGUGGGUCUCUACGGCAGCGGUCGGGAUUGUAUUCUACCGCGUCAAUCCUACUGCCGGUUAUCUCAUCAUCCCCUACGUCGUGUUUAAUGCUUUUGCCGUGGCGUUCAAUUACGUCCUCUACCGGGACAACAAACAGCUCCCUGAUGAGAAAGCCGAGGGAAAGAAAAAUUAAGGACAUUUACAUAGUAAAACGAAUACAGAAAGGGAAAAAUAGAGAGACGCGGAAACACAGUGGUGUACUGUAAAUGUCUGUUUAGAAAGACAGCUUUUGGUGUCAAAAAAGCAUUCCUCACGAGACUAAUGCUAAUGGUGGGCUUAACGAGUACUUUGAAUCAGAGAUUUGAGUAUAUAAAAAUCGAGUAUUCGCAUAUAUCUCUGUUAAAAGAGAUAGCUUAUGAAAGCGUUAAAAAAAGGAAUAUCACCGCAAAGUAUUUCUGUCAGAAAAUCUAUUGCUUUUUUACUUUAUUUAUAUUAGAGUGCAUUCCGUUUUACGCAUAAUACGCAUUAUGCAUUAUUCAUCUUUGUUUAAUAUUCAGUGAACAAUAAGAAUAAGCGAUCAUGCAUAUUAUGUGUGAAAUGGAACACAUUCUUAAUGUAAGGAAUACGCAUUCAUAUCAAAGGAAAUACUUUGUAGCAAUGUUUUCUUUCCUCUUUUUCAUGUAAAGUUAUUUUUAAAAAAAGGAUGACGUGCGAAAAUACUCGUUAUUCAAAGGCGUUGAAAAACUUGAUAUUUUUGCAUAGAUAAGCUUAGCUUAUCAAUUUGGCUGUUAUUUUCUUAGUUUUAAUGAAAUUGAGAUAAUUGAGUGCCCAUCAUUCAUCAUACUUUCGUGCAAUCGUCAUUAUCGUUAUGGACCAUCGCAGUCGUCGGGUUCAACGAGAUGUGCCUUUGCAUUUAACGCACAACGCCGUUAGUAUACACAUAUGUUUAUUAAUCGAUAUACGAAAUAAAGAUUAGCUAUCGACCACGUGUACGUACAUUAUACAGUGUAAUAUCUUAAUUGUACUAAGCUUUAAUAAAUCAUAUAAAGUAA